GCAUUGUGGGAUUGAUGUGAGAUAUUUUCCGUGCAUGUCGUCAAACCAAUUUGGAUGUAAUAUUGCCUCUAUUUUGCUGGAAAAACUCCGUCUAGAAUGCACAAGAGCAAGUCGAGCCACAGCCGUCGUCAUCGAAGUGACGGUCUCUUCUGCAACUAUGCCCACCGCAUCUGCAUGCAGGAUCGUCUGGAGGGUUUUGAAUACUGCCUGAACCACAUCUUGGAAGACAAGAACGCUCCCUACAAACACUGCACGUUCGUCUCCAACAAGGGCGGGAGGAGAUGCCUCCAGCCGGCCCACAAAGCGGACAAACGAGAUGGUUAUUGUCAAGAACAUGCUCAGAAGGUGUCCGUAUUGAGACAUAAGGCAAGCCUGAAGCCUUUUCCACGAAACUCGCCGCGUGAAAUUCUGGAAGGCUUGGAUAGCUACCUACUGGCCCAGGAGCCGAACCAGCCAGCGGCUGAGGCCCAACCUGAGCCCCAGGGAUCUGUGGCCGCUAAAAUCUUAGAUUGUGGCAGUGAGAGUGAAAGUGAUGAAGACCCGCUUCAGGUUGACCAGGCCUGGAGAGGUACGACAGACAGCGAUGCGGAAAGCGUAGACAGCGAGCAAGAAGACCUCCUCAAGCAUGCUGGAGUGUAUACUCCCGAGGAGGUAGCCCUGAUCACAAGGGAGAAAUUAAUCCGUCUUCAGUCCCUCUACAUCAACCAGUUCAAACGUCUUCAGCAUCUGAUGAAAGAGAAACGGAGGCAGUACCUGAUAUCGUCCAAGCUCGAGAAAGAGACCAUCGGUUCAAGUCUAGGCAGUUUCAACAGCCCCAAGGAGAAACGCAAGAUCCUCAAACUCCAGUCCAUGCAGUCGUACCACCGUCGGCAUGGCAGCGAGGCCUUGCUGCAUCGACGCUCCAAGAACAGGCGCAUCAAGGCCACACCAAGCUACACGGGUCCCCAGAAGAUUAGUACCCCGCCCCAUUGCAAGUUCAGCAGUCUGGGCAAGGGGUGUGAGAGGCCUGGGCUUCCAGUCACCGGCUUCUGCUUGGAACAUGUGCUUGAAGACACCCAACAAGUCUUAUACACGCCUUGCACCAAGGGUCGUACAGCAUGCAUUCACCCAGCCAACCCGCUGUCGCAGGAGAGCACCUGUCUGUUGCACACACCCGUGGCCCAGCAGGUGUUUCAGUUAGCCACUCAGCAAUCGGAGGACGAGCCUGAACAGGACAAUACUGCCACCAAUGCCAUGGCCGACCACGACUACCUACAGAGACCCUCGGAGUCCAUCGAUGAAGGGGACCAUGAUGUGGAUGUUUUAGGAUUAUCAGGGGAUCAGAGCUUCUGUGUCUCCGACACACAAUAUAUGGAACAACAGCCAAUUCAGGGUACCAGUGAGGAAACGCAACAGGUAAUGGAGGGGGUAAUUGAGUCUCAAGUUGGAACGUGAUCAAGGCCAGUCGGUUGUUCUGCUGUAGGACAUUACUUUAAAAGAUUAUAUUUAUCACCCAUCCAUUUGGGCCAAAAUGAUACGUUUGGUGGCCAUCAUCAUACUACCACAUUUGUAGCCUGAACAUCCGUAGUCACCCUUCAAGACUGGAUACACUGCAGGUUCCGACACCUGUGAAUGCGGAGAGCGGCAGACCAUGGAUCAUCUCCUUACCUGCCCCCUACGACCAUCAGCAACCACUACUGAGACCUGGCUGAGGCCACCGACACUGCCCUUAAGUGUGCCAACCAGAUGUUCCUACCUUUACACAUACUGCUGACCUCGCAUUCAUUUCACAUGGAGAUUCAUUGCCAAUUCGCACGGACAUGUACACAUGUAUUACAUGGUGAAUUAGAGUACACAACAUUAUGCAGCUGUAUGCAGAUAGCCGAAAGUGCAAGCUCACACUACAUCACCUCGGACCAAUCAUAACACAGACAUGGAAAGCUUAUGUCGCAGCACGCUUAUCCAAUGAAAUCAUUGUAUCCAAUGAAAUCAUUGGACCUGCAAUACUCAUUUGGUAGUACAGUCGUAGCUCUCGUUAAAAAGAGCGCUGUUAUAAAGAAGUUCUGCUAGGGGUAGCUCUCGCUAAAAAGAGCACUGUUAUAAAGAAGUUCUGCUAGGGGUAGCGCUCGCUAAAAAGAGCACUGUUAUAAAGAAGUUCUGCUAGGGGUAGCUCUCGUUAAAAAGAGCACUGUUAUAAAGAAGUUCUGCUAGGGGUAGCUCUCGUUAAAAAGAGCACUGUUAUAAAGAAGUUCUGCUAGGGGUAGCUCUCGUUAAAAAGAGCACUGUUAUAAAGAAAGUUCUGCUUAUAAUGAGUUCAUUCUUAAGUCCCGAAUCUCAUCUCUGAUUUGCGUUUUUUGUUGUUAAGAGGUGCUUUCAUUAGUCCCAGUGACCUUGUUAAAAUUAAAGACGACUGUAGUAGCUUUUUGCCUCAACUUCUUGCAAAUUUAAAUUGUUGAGCAUUUCUGAAUAUAUUUUCCCAUUUGACUUCCAAGCUCGUUUUUUUAACAGUUGCUGUUAUGUUGACUCAACCACCUGAACUUCGCAAUUUACCUAUAGAAGGAGUUAAGAUUGUGAUCUUGUUGAGUUGCUGCUUCAUUAAAAUAUUAUUUUUUGGCAUAU